CAAAACCAGAGGACUGAAUAGCCGGUUGAUUCAAAACUACCCAACUUAUAAUCAUGACAAGAAUCAAUCAAAUAGCUUAAUACGAAGCUACCCCCUCUCUCUCUAUCUCUCUCUCUCUCUCUCUCUAUAAGGAAACUACCUUUUCCCCUGUAAUGCAGAGUUUUGAUAAAGAUCCAAACUUUCUGCAAUCGUAGUUUUGAGGUUUCUUUUAACAGAUCGAAAAAGAUGUCAUCAGGUUUUUCCGGUGAUUUCUAUAGUGCCAAUACUGGAAGAUCUACCAUGAUGCCUAUGAAUAACAACAACUCCUUAAGGCCUCAGGCUCAAGUACAACUUCCUUAUUCUUCACAACUAUCUGGAAUUUUACCCGACCCGGUUACUCAGAUCGUUCAUCAAGGGAGACCCAAUUUGAUUGGUAAACGAUCUCUUGCUGAGUUUCAACAACAACAACAACAAUUUCAAUACCUACAACAACAGCAGCACCAACAACAACAAAAUCAGCAACAACUACAAUUUCUACAACAACAACAACAGCAGCAGCAGCAACAGGGGCUUGGGUUUUAUCUACGUAACGUAAAACCAAGAAGUUACCAGCAGUCUUCUCUUAUCUCCCCUGUAGAUUUUUCUGUUGCUGCUGCUGCUGCUUCCUCAAUUUCUUCGAAUUCAAAUGCUUCCACGCGCCACCCUCUUCAACUCAGGUCACAGUCAGGGUUUUUAACUCCUAAUAUCCAGAAUUAUUCCUCUGGGGUUUCUGUUUCAUCGCUAAAUCCGGUUCAAAACAGAGCAACCAUGGGAGUACAAGAAUUGUUGUCACAGGAAUCAGAGAAAAAGAUGAUGAAUUGUCUUCAAGAACUCGAAAAACAGCUCUUAGACGACGACAACGACGACGAAGGGGAUACAGUUUCAGUUGUUACAAACAACGAGUGGUCGGAGACGAUACAGAAUCUUAUAACCCCUUCUCAGAACCAAAAUCAGAAACUUGCUUCACUAUCACCAUCCUCAUCAACUUCUUCAUGUGCUUCUUCAACAGAAUCUCCACCAUUAACUUGUCCCAAACAAUCCAUAAUAGAAGCUGCUACAGCAAUAUCCGAAGGAAAAAACGAUGUUGCAGUGGAGAUCCUCACGCGCCUCUCACAGGUUGCAAACGUUAGAGGCUCAUCCGACCAAAGGCUAACAGCAUACAUGGUUGCAGCUUUACGGUCGCGCGUGAACCCCAAGGAUUACCCCCCGCCAGUGAUGGAGUUGCACAGCAGAGAACACACGGAUACAACACAGAAUCUGUACGAGGUAUCUCCAUGUUUUAAGCUAGGUUUCAUGGCAGCAAAUCUAGCAAUUCUUGAAACUGUAGCAGACCACAACAAGCUUCACGUCAUUGAUUUUGACAUCGGCCAAGGUGGACAAUACUUGCAUUUGCUGCAUGCACUUGCUGCAAAGAAAUCAGAUAAACCAACAAUCCUAAAGAUCACAGCUUUCACUGAACAUAUAAGCGGAGUUGACAGAAUCAAUUCUAUCGGAAUAAAGCUGAAAUCUACAGCGAACACAGUUGGUGUUUGCUUGUAUUUCAACGUAAUGGCGUGUACGGUUACUGAUUUAGCCAGGGAAAAACUUGGGGUUGAGCCAAACGAGGCAUUAGCAGUGAAUUUCGCAUUCAAAUUAUACAGAUUACCCGACGAGAGUGUAACAACAGAUAAUCUAAGAGACGAGCUUCUCAGGCGCGUGAAGGGUUUAUCUCCAAACAUUGUAACGGUGGUAGAGCAAGAAAUGAACGGCAACACUGCCCCGUUUCUGGCGCGUGUGAACGAAGCGUGUGGGCAUUACGGCGCGUUAUUCGACUCGCUAGACGCGACUGUGUCAAGGGAUAAUACUGAACGAGUCAGGAUAGAGGAAGGACUGAGUCGCAAAAUGGCUAACUCGGUAGCGUGCGAAGGGAGGGACCGCGUUGAAAGAUGCGAAGUGUUUGGCAAGUGGCGGGCCCGAAUGAGCAUGGCUGGGUUCGGGCCGAGGCCCGUUGGUGAACUCGUUGCAAACUCACUGCGUGCCAAGCUUAACUCGGGGACACGUGGCAACCCAGGCUUCACUGUGAAUGAACAAAGUGGUGGUAUCUGUUUUGGUUGGAUGGGACGAACACUCACCGUCGCAUCUGCUUGGCGUUAACUUUGUCGUUAUUCACAUUUAAAGUGUUUCUCUUCUCUAAUUAGUAUAAUUAGCUUAUUAAUAUUAAUCUUCAAUGUGAUUUGCUGUAUUAAGGGGUUUUUAAAUUUUGGUUAUUGUUAUUAUCAAUUCAUGGAAAUUCAGAAGAAGAAGUAAUGGAUGAUGUCCCGCAUUCGAAAAAAGGCAUGAAUAUUAAUAUUUAGAUUCCUUUUUGUAAA